GCGACGACUAGAUUACACAUUAAGACACUUUAUUAGACAGUUUUAUUUUUACUUGUUCUCUAUAGUUCUUAAGUCCAGACAAGAUCUAGACUAAAUCCAAAUAGUCGGUUAAUCUCUAAUUCUUUCAAUUCAGAAUUUUAGGAUGCUAUUUUAUAAAUCUUUAUCUUAACAAUAUUGUAUAGUAUAUUUUAUAUUUAAUCACUGUCACUGUGAAUGUGAUAUUAUGCAAUCAUCAAACUCAAGUUUUCAAAGUGAAUCAAAGUAAACAAGUUACAAUUGUCAUUUGUUUAAUAAAAUUUCACAUAAAAGAACAAGUAUGACCAGUUUACCACGAAUAACUCCACCCUGCACACCAAGGUCUUUUUCUGCUGCAGCUGUCUAUGGUCCUUACCCACCCCGGGAGCUGACUUCAACAUGGAAUCAGGUCAAAUUUCCACAAAGAAUAAAUCCACUAGCUCCCCCACCACCAAAAAGGAGAAUAAAUUCAAGCUGGGAGACAACUCCACAACACUGGCACAAUGACAGACGAAGAAUAAUGAUGCAACAAAGGGAGCAUGAAAGAUAUCACUCGGCUUGGACCAAACCGUAUUACGGGCCACCAGCUGACAAAGAAGCCUACAGGCGGCACUUUCGAGAAGUUUUAAAACAACAAAUGGCUGAUAGUGACGAAAAGAAACGAAGGGAUUUUGAAAUAAAACUUCAUGAAAGUGAAUCCAUUGUUGAAUAUGACAGACAAUGCAAGUUACAAGAUUUUCAAAACAUUAUAGACAAGUAUAACUAUUUGAAACAUUUCAGGGAUGAAAAUAAAACUUUCAUGGAGGGGACUUGGGAGAAAUCUCGUAUGGACAAGAUGUUGACUGAUAGAUACGACAGAGAAAUUUUGCGCUACAACCCAAUUAACUGGAGUGGAACUUUGUCUUGAAUCAUGAUUGCAAUAAUAAUUAGAAUGGCUCAUUGGAGUAAACAUUAUUUUAAGAAAAUUGCUUAUUGCAAUUACUGCCCUACAUAGUCUCAAAAUGUUUUUUUUUAAAUUGAAACAGCUUAAGCACUACUCAGAUGCAUUUCAUUGUUUUAAUAUGAUAGUUUCAGCUUUUUAAAUGUAAGAUUUCCUUAUCAUAUUUGAAACAGUGAGAAACAAUUUACAGUUAGAAACCUUUUUCACAAAGUUUAAUGUGUCAAUAGACAUAAAUAAAAAUUUAAUAAAAAAAAACUACAUAUUUUUGUGAUAUUAAAUAUUAUCCUGUAAAAUGCAUAGCUUAACAUUUCAAAAUAUUUUUAAAAAUCAGACAUAUCAUUGCAAUGGAUUAUUUAAAAGUUGGUUGCACUGUGAAUCAAUGACUAGAAUAGUCAGAGUAAUGGCAGAUUGCCAUUAAUUUUAAGAAAAGAUAAAUAAUAGCAUUUAUACUUGUAGGACAUAAUUAUCUCCACUUUUGAAGGAACGUCUGUAAUUUAUAAGAUAACAUUUAGCACGUUUUUGAUAUUAAGUUUCAUUAAAAAAAUUAUUUUGCUUUAAAAGAUAUAGGCCCCUAUUUACUUUUUUUUUCAAAACUUUAUACCAACAUCUCUUCAAAAGAAUUGCAUUUGCAAUAAUGUAGGGGCCUAUUACUUGUUAAAUCGGGCUAAUUGUCUGUCUGGGAAAUGACUGUUUAUUUUAUUGAAUAAAAAUUUUUUUUUUGAAUAAAUAUGUGUUCUUUCAUAUAAAAAUGUUUAUUGAUUGUUAAUGCUAUGUUGGCUUUGAAUUUGUUUGCCUAUGUUUUGUUCUGCCUUUUUUUGUAAUUCACUUUAAUGCCAAACAGUAUUUUCUUUCUAAAUACAGUAUUUAACAUACCUUUAUUUUUUUAAUUAACUUUCACUUUUCACAUAUUUCUAUUCACAAAGGCCCUGUGUUUUUUUUAUUUCACAAGUUGGUAGUUUUCACAAUGUCAGUUUUAUAUGCAUGUUUUUUGUGUAGGUAAUGAGUUUUUUUUUUAUUGUAUAUUAUUUACCAUGCAAAUGUUUGAGUACAAAUAACUACACACAAUAAUGGAAAAACCACAGCAUCAGAUUUUUUUUUUCACUUAUGAGAAUUUAUUUUUUUGUGUUGGGUAAUUGUUCUUCAAUAAUAAAUUUGUCUAAUUAUGAUGUUGUGCAAGAGUAGUUUUAAUUUUACUUAAUAUUUCAGAAAUAAGGUGUAAGCAUGUGCACUAUUAUACAAGUCAAAGGAAUAAUAAGUUUUUGUAUUUUUGUGUUUUGUUUCAGCAGACAACUGGGGUAAUAUCUGUGGGGUUUCAUUUAUUAUCCAUUUCUACUAUGUAAUGGUAGCUACAUUGGAUAAAAAUGAUUAGAUCUAGAUUUAUUUGAAAAGUAGAGUUGCCAGACAUGUUUCUGUAUUAAAAAACAAAAUAUGACAAAAACUAUUGAAAUUUUGUAUCAAUUUUAAGAUAUAAACAAGUAAAUUUAGGGGAAACAAAAGAUAAAAGUUAAGAUUUCAACAUUGUAAAGUAAGAGAAAGAAAUAACUAAAAAAUAAGGAACUUCACUUUUAUUUACUUUUAAAAGAGAUUGGCUUUGGUAACUACUUAACCCUUUAGUUGGCUGCUAUCACACUUUGUCAUUGUUUUGGGUCUUGAGUGUAAUGAUUCAACAUAAAGAAUUGAAUUAUGUCACGUUUCUUUUAAUUUUGGGUGACCUCAAUGAUAUUGUAAAAUCCCGAGUAAAUAAGCUCACUAUCUAGAUGCCA